AGAAGUGCACUCUGAGAAUCAGAGACCUGAGAGAGAGCGACUCAGCUGAGUACAAGUUCAGAUUCAUGACAAACAAACGAGGUGGGAAAUAUACUGGUUCACCUGGAGUCACUUUGUCGGUCACAGAUCCACAGCUCCAGAUAAAUGUGAGGAGAUCAACACUGAAUUCUACCUGGACAGAGCUGACAUGUCAGUCUAAGUGUCAGCUGCCUAAAGAUGUGUCUUACAUCUGGUACCAGAAUGGAGAGAAAAGGAAGGAAGUAAAAGUUUAUUUUCAUCCACACCCACUAAAUCCUGCAGACAACUAUUCUUGUGCCAUAAAAGGACACAAGAUGUUCUCCUCUCCUUCAGUGUAUGCUCCAAAGCUUCCCUCUGUGUCAGUGAGUCCCUCUGCUGAGAUAGUGGAGGGCAGUUCAGUGACUCUGACCUGUAGCAGUGAUGCUAACCCAGCAGCUAACUACACCUGGUACAAGGAGGAUGAAGACUCACCAAAAGCAUCAGGACAGAUCUUCAACAUCACUGACUUCAGAGCUGAACACAGUGGGAGUUAUUACUGUGAAGCCCAGAACAUGAGAGGACGUAGUAACUCCUCCUUACAUCUGACUGUUGUAUCAGGAUAUUCAACAAUGAUCAUGAAUAUCAUCCGGUCGACUUUGGUGGUCUUGAUGCUGAUUCCUCUGCUGCUCCUGAUUCUGUGGACGAGGAAGAAGAAAGCUCUGAGCUCCACCACUGAACCACAUGAACCUGUAGAGAUAGAGUUGGACUCUUGUCCUGAGUACGAGAACGACUCAAACACUGCAGCACAGACAGAAGACUCAGAGGAGCAGGAAGACCGGGUGUGAAGAUGCGGUUGAACCAGAGGCGAGACUCACGUGAUGGAAACAAAGAAGUACGACGUUGAGAUAUGAGUGUGGAGAGCGAGGCUGUGCAGGAUGUGGAGGAAGUGGAGACACAAAGCUCCCAAAAGUUGUUCUUGUCAGUCGGUUUAGAGAAGAUUUAGAAGAACGAGGUGUUGGCAGCUUGAACUGAAUCAUGUCGAGGUCACAAACUAGAUGUGUUGUUUAGAUCAGCUGAUGGUCAGGUGCUGUGUGACUGACUGACUCAUGACAAACUGCUGAAGAUAUGCAAGCUUUUUAUUCUUUAGUUCUUUAUAUGACAGAUUAUUAUUAUUAUUGUGACGAUCCAGGUAAGAUAUUUCACUCGGGACCAAAGUGGAGCGACGACUGAUUUUGGGAAAAGAGAUAAAAAGUGAGUUUAGUGCCACCAAGAGAUGCUGAAGUGGAAAAAACUGCAAAGCGCUGAUAUGAAAGUCAUUCCAAUGUAAAGACAUCUUCAUGUUCACUUUAAAGCAGAGUGCAUGAUGGGAUCACAGAGAGGCAGUUCAGACCUCACAGUUCAAAGUGAGACCUUGAAAGGCUGGAAGAUUUCUCAGCGUGAUUAAAUCUCACCUGAGGUCUCUGACACAUUGAAUGUGAAUGACAGUCAGCAGCUUGUUGUUGCUGCUGCUCUACUGUUGGAGGGGAACAUGUGUUUGAUGAUCUAGUUGUAGUUUCCAACUGUAGCCACUAGAUAUUAGUAAAGAGUUAUAUUUCACUGAUAACAGAGAAUGUACAUUCAUGUAUUUAUAAUAUAUCUCCUCCACGUUCUGCUUCUUCCCUCUUUUCUAUUUUAUACCAGUUUUAUCACCAACUGCUUUUAUUGGGAGUCAAAUAUCAGUGUUAUUAAACUCAUUUAGUGAAUUAUUUGUAUUUCCUCACCUGCUCAUUACACUCAUCUACAUGCUUCUGUUUUAUAUUUCUCUAUUUGUAUUUGUAUGUAUUUAGAUUUUACAUGAAUGUUUUGUCUUGCUUGAAUAAAAUACAUAAUGGUAGUUCUACUAAAAAGAGCUGACGUGUCGGUUUUUGCACUAAUUUCAUUCAAAUAAGUUCUUCCUCUGUUUCUCCUUCCUCUUCCUCGUCCGUCUCUUGUGCUGCUGUUACAUGUGAAUGUCUCUCUGGGGAUCAAUGGAGUCUUAUCUUCAGCCUGUUUUUGUACCAUUGAUUCUUUUCAAACCACCUUU